UUCCCAUCCAAUUAAUUAUUUCAUGUGUUCCAAUUCUUGAUUUAUAAAUACAAAAAGCGGAAAGCUACACCACACAAGAUAAACACAGAAAUGGCGAUCUGCUCACUAAAGCAGGUGCUUACCAUAAGUACUGUAUUUGCUUUAAUUGUAGCUGUCUCCAAUGGGAGAUCAGUCAAACCCAGCUUUAAAAUUAAAGCCGUUAGUCUUGGAGGUUGGCUUGUUACGGAAGGAUGGAUUAAGCCUUCUCUUUUUGAUGGCAUCCCCAACAAAGAGUUCUUGGAUGGAACUGUACUUCAGUUUAAAUCAGUUACCGUUGGGAAGUAUCUCGGCGCUAAGUCAGGCGGAGGAACUAUAAUGGUUGCAGACCAGGCAUCUGCCUCAGACCGGGAAACAUUUAAAUUGUGGAGGAUCAACGCGACCAAUUUCAAUUUGAGGGUGUUCAACAAACAGUUCAUGGGAUUGGACAAAAAUGGCAAUGGGACUAAUGUUGUAGCUGUAUCCAACAAACCAGGGAGAUUAGAGACAUUCAAGAUUGUUAGAUACCAUAAAGAUGCUACACGAGUUAGAAUCAAAGCUUCCAGUGGGUUCUUUUUGCAGGUGAAGACAGAGAAAUUGGUGACAGCCGAUUAUGGCUGCGAAAGUACAUGGAGAGAUGAUGAUCCAUCAGUAUUUAUAAUGACUGUUGUUGGAAGUAUGCAUGGAGAGUUUCAAGUCACUAAUGGAUAUGGUCCAGAAUUAGCCCCAAAAGUUAUGCGAGAACAUUGGAACACAUUUAUAACAGAAGAUGACUUCAAAUUCAUAUAUCAAAAUGGGCUAAAUGCUGUGAGAGUACCUGUUGGUUGGUGGAUAGCAAGCGACCUAACACCUCCAAAGCCUUACGUAGGAGGCUCUCUCCAAGCAUUAGACAAUGCCUUCUCUUGGGCAGCAAAAUAUGGAUUGAAGGUUAUACUCGACUUACAUGCAGCUCCAGGGUCUCAAAACGGCUGGGAGCACAGUUCUUCAAGAGAUGGGUCUCAAGAAUGGGGAUUAACGGAAGAGAACAUACAACAAACAGUUGGUGUUAUAGAUUUUUUAGCUUCCAGGUAUUCAAAGAGCCCAAGCUUAUAUGCAAUUGAGCUAAUGAACGAGCCUCUAGCGCCAAGAGCAACACUAGAUAGUGUCACCAAGUAUUACAUGGCUGGUUAUAAUGCAGUUCGCAAACACUCUUCUGCAACUUAUGUGAUUAUCUCAAGUAGGCUAAAGCUAGGAGAAAGUGAUCAACCAAGAGAGCUCUUCCCUCUGGCUAAUGGCUUAACAAGAAUUGUGAUUGAUGUUCAUUACUAUAGUCGCUUCCCUAAUAUGACUGUUCAACAGAAUAUUGAUUUCAUCAAAACUAAUCGCUCAGCUGAGUUGAACCAUGCUACUACAUCAGACGGACCUCUCACUUUCGUCGGAGAAUGGGUGGGAGAGUGGGGAAUUUCAAAUGCAACGAAAGAGGAUUACCAGAGAUUUUGUAAGGCCCAAUUAAAGGUAUAUGGGCGUGCAAGUUUUGGAUGGGCCUAUUGGACUCUUAAGAAUGUGAACAACCACUGGAGUCUGGAAUGGAUGAUCAACAAUGGUUACAUCAAGCUUUAAACCAAUUAGAAUUGAUAUUGCUAAUAGUAUCAAUUCUCUGUUUUGCCUGGAAAAUAACUUGUCCCCAGAAAAAAUAAUUUCUUUUGUUUCUUCAAUGAACUGAAAAUCAAUUGGU